UGACCACUUACAUCCCCUCCUUCCUUUGCAAUGUCUACUUGUAAUAUAUUCCAGUCCUCCGAACCUUCGCCCUGCCCGUCUUUGGGCGGCCGACCUCUUCCUUGCUAGCCAGCUCGAAUGCUCUCAACUUCCCACCUUGUUUCCCCUUCGCUUCUUCCACAAUAACAAGGUGUUGCCUUCACUCAUCCCGCCACACGCGAAAAGCUACCCCGCCUCCACCGACUCAGUCACUCCCGCGAUAGCUUUCUCGACCUGAAACGACCACCCACCACUACCGAAUCCCGCAGAGGUUUUCCCCUUCAUAGUUCUAAAGAUACGCACAGGCAGACGAUGAUUUCUGGCAGAGGCGGCGGAGGCACGGCCAUGCGAGCCGGCCGCAUUCGGCCCCCGCGCCGCCCAGGUCGGCUCACAUCCGGCAUCGAUACUAGCGACUUCGAGCAGUGUUGGGAGACACUGAAACAGGCCCUCACCGACAUCCAUAACCAGAACUGCAGCACUCUGUCGUUCGAGCAACUCUACCGAGCGUCUUACAAGAUAGUACUUAAGAAGAAGGGCGAGUUGCUUUACGAGCGGGUCAAGCAGUUUGAAGAGCAAUACUUUUCCGAGCACGUCAUCCCCACCAUCGAGCGCCUGGUCACGGCCAACCUCGUAAGCGCCGCUAUGGGUGGUGCGGCCACAUCGGUCAAUGAGCGGCGAAAGAUGGGUGAGAUAUUCCUUGGAGGUGUGAGAAAGUCCUGGGACCACCACAACACCUCCAUGAAUAUGACGGCCGAUAUUCUCAUGUACCUCGAUCGGGGCUACACUCAGGACGCCCGCAAGGCGUCCAUCUACACGGCCACCAUUGGUCUUUUCCGUGACCAUAUUCUCCGGGCGUCGCUCAACUCGAGUGGACAAUACACCGUCUUCGACAUACUCAACUCGGUCAUUCUCGACCACGUCAACAUGGAGCGCGACGGUGAUACGAUUGACCGCCACCUGCUGCGGAACAUUAUUCGGAUGCUGGAUUCUCUCUACGAGUCUGACGAAGAAAACGAGGCCGAGAAGCUGUACCUGACUGUAUUUGAGCCCGCAUAUCUCGAAUCCGAGCGUGACUACUACAGGCGCGAAUGCGAGCGACUGUUCCGCGACGCCGACGCCGGCGCAUGGCUGCGGCACACCCAACGCCGGCUGCAGGAGGAGAACGACCGAUGUGACACCACCAUCCAUUAUGAGACGAGAGAGAGGUCCAUCAAGGUCGUUGAGGAGGAACUCAUCUCGGCACAUCUGGACGACUUUUUGAACCUCGAGGGUAGUGGCUUGAAGUCGAUGGUCAACUACGAUCGCGAGGAGGAACUGUCUAUCCUCUACCAGCUGGUAUCACGGGUCGAUUCAAAGAAGACGUCGCUGAAGAAGAUCCUGUCCGCGCGCGUGAUUGAGCUCGGCCUCGAGAUUGAACAGAUGUUGAAGGAUACCAACUUCUCAGCCGCCUCAGCACAGGCUGACGGGGAGGAGAUUGAUGGCGGAGAGAAAACCAAAGCGUUGAGCUCGUCCGCUCAGCAGACGGCUGCGGCGAUCAAGUGGGUCGACGACGUCCUCAAGCUCAAAGACAAGUUCGACAACCUGUGGACCAAGUGCUUCCAAGAGGAUCUCAUUAUUCAAACCGCACUCACGAAGAGCUUCUCCGACUUUAUCAACAUGUUCACCAAGAGUUCCGAAUAUGUCUCACUGUUCAUCGACGACAAUCUUCGACGCGGUAUCCGAGGCAAAACCGAGACCGAGACCGAGGCAGUGCUGGAGAAGGCCAUCACGGUGAUCCGCUACCUCUCAGACAAGGACCUCUUUGAGCGGUACUACCAGAAGCACUUGGCGAAGCGUCUGCUCAACAACAAGUCGGAGAGCCACGAUGUCGAGAAGUCGAUGAUUUCGCGGAUGAAGCAAGAGCUUGGCAACCAGUUCACCGCCAAGUUCGAGGGCAUGUUCAGAGACAUGGAAUCGUCUGCCGAGUUGACGUCAGGCUACCGGGACCAUAUCAAGGGCUUGGGCGACAUGUCACGCAAACAGAUCGAUCUCGCUGUCAAUAUCUUGACGACCAACUCGUGGCCUCCCGAGAUCAUGGGCCGUACGUCGCAGUUCUCCGAGGGCGGCGGCUGCAUCUUCCCCGAAGAGAUCAAGCGCCUCCAGGAAAGCCUUCUCAAGUACUACCUUACAAACCGCAGUGGCCGCAAGCUAACUUGGCUUGGGUCGACCGGCAACGCCGAUGUCCGCUGUGUUUUCCCCGCCGUUCCUGGUGGAAAGGGACCGCUGGCGCGUGAGCGUAAGUACGAGAUUAAUGUUCCGACUUACGGCAUGGUUGUGCUCUUGCUCUUCAACGAGCUCGGAGAGGGCGAGGAGCUUUCCCUUGAGGAGAUUCAGGCCAAGACCAACAUACCGCCUCAAGACCUUGCCAGAACCCUUACUUCUCUGGCCAUCGUCCCGAAAGCGAGAUUGCUGGCCAAGGAGCCCGCCACCAAGUCCAUCAAGCCGGGCGACAAGUUCAAAUUCAACACGUCUUUCGUCAGCAAGACUGUGCGCAUCAAGGCGCCCAUCAUCAACGCCACCAGCAAGGUCGAGGGCGAUGAGGAGAGGAAACAGACGGAGGAGAAGAACAACCAGACCCGAGCCCAUAUCAUUGACGCCGCGCUUGUCAGAAUCAUGAAACAACGUAAAGAGCUUGGCCAUUCGCAGCUCAUCACCGAGGUUAUCGAUCAACUCAGCAGUCGGUUCAAGCCCGAGAUCAGCCUUAUCAAGAAGCGGAUCGAAGACCUCAUCGUGCGCGAGUACCUCGAGCGGGUGGAGGAUGCAUCAACGCCAACGUAUCGCUACCUGGCGUAAGAGCGCCACGUGACACGAAGGAUAGAUACGAUUCUCAUGAAACGGGUAGAGGUAGAGGGUGUCAUUUAGGGCUGCAUCACGGAGGGUUUACGGGAUUUCUAACCAGGCACGGCGUUUUCAGGGCGGGUUGACGGAGGAACUACACUUUGACAUCUCUAUUCGUUUCGAAGAAAAAAAGGGUCAUGGUGUCUCGGAGAUGGCGGGGAGUAUGUACCAAAACAUUCAGCAUUGCGUCCAUCGUAUGGUCCGGACGAGCAAAGUCUAUGGUGGUCUCUGUCAAGGGACCAAAGGAAAGGCGAGCUCGCGGGCUUACAUGGAUCUGAUUCAGACCUUGCUGACAGGUGGAACCCAAGGCGGUCAUGUCAAAUACUUGGCUUCUUUCGCAUGUAUAGAAUUCCAGGGGAUAAUGUCUUUGAUGGCUCGCGCCCUUUUGAAGCUGCU